UAGAGGUCGCCACAUGCAAAAUUGAUCAGCGAACAAAAGGUGAAAAUCUAGACAUUUGUUCUCCGAAUAUACCUCCUAACUCUCGUUACAGGGGAUCUGGAGCUUCAUCUAUAUUGAUUUGGUGCUACAACGAAUAGAAAUUCCAGGAGAAACCAAGAUGACAGUUACCUUUAGGUUGCCAUCUCAUUCUCAAACGCUGACAACAUCACUGAGGACCUUCUUCCAAGAUGGACUGUUCUGUGAUGCUAUGAUCAGUUCAUCAUCAAGUGGUUCAAGUGAGGCCAAUGGUAUAUCUGUCCAUUCAGUAGUGGUGGCUGCAUACAGUCCAUAUCUCCAAGUUAUGCUUCUGCAAGGAGACCCCUUUGUACAGGUUGAUAUUGAGACUGAUACCAUCAAGAAGGUUGUGCAGCUGAUGUAUACUGGGAUCAUAGAGAUGAAGGACAAUGAACUCAAGAGCCUUUAUAAUGCAGCCAAGAUUUUGAAGAUCAGCCGUCUUCUCACUUUCUUUGAGGAGAAGCUACAAGACAAAGUGAAAAAUUGGGAGGAGGAAGGACAGGAAGUGGAAAAGCCCCCUAGCCUUUCUGUUAAUAAAACUGCCCCACAAAAGGAAGUGAAACAGAAACGACCAACAGCAACAACCUCUAAACCUGUCGAUCGAGGUCCUCAAAAAUCUUCAUCUAGAGCAGAAAAUAAUAAAUCACCUGCGCGAAGGAGCGCAUUUGAGGUGAUUGAAUGUAUGUCUCCCGAAACAUCUCCCCCUGAUAAAUCUGUAACCAAAACACAUAAAAAUGUCCACAGUGUUAAGAUUGACAUUGACGCAAAAAUAGAACUUGAUGAUCCUGUAGAACUUGAACCAGCUAAACUUGAAAAUGAAGAUUCCCCAUCAAAGAAAAAGCGUAAACUUGGGGUUGACAUCCCGUACACAGAGCCUGAAAACAUCAGAGGCUGGCUUGAAUCACAGAAAACACGAAAAGAACUUUUUGAAAAGUUGGCGACAAAAUCAGAAACCAGUUACCUGUCGGAAAUGUCAACUGCCAUCAGUUCCACAAUAGAUGGCAUUUCUGUUGAUUCUGAACUUGUGUCUGACAACAAAGAUCCAGACAUGGUUCCACUUGUUUUUGAUGAGGUAGGAGAUCUUAUCAUUGAUACGAUAGACAGAUCAGAAGGACGUGUUCCACUUGCAAGGAAGGCCCCAUCUCCCAUCAUGCAACAGCAAGAAUCCCCAAAGAAGAUGGCCGCUGCAGUACCACCCUCUGAGGCUCAGAUUAUCUGUCCCCGUUCCCCAAGCCCUAGUCCACCUAGUAGCCCCAUACCAUUUAAUGCAGAGAAAGCUCGGAGAUCAUAUCCAGCAAAGACCCCACCAAGGGUACCAUCGAAAGUUGGUGAAAUAAAAGCAUCAAAAUCAGAAAAUACAAAGAAAAAAACUGGACGACGACGUAAUAGACUCUAUCAAUGUGUUGAAUGCCCAUUUAGAUGUGGAUCAGAAAUUAAAAUGAAGGCACACGUAAAACAGCACACAGCUGAAAAAGCCAAAAUAUUGUUGAUGAAACACAGGCAAGAAUAUGGAUCGUACUUCUCACCAUAG